UCUGUGGGGCACAGCAUCGCUUGGAAAGUUGCUGCAGGCUCCGAGGCACCGCCUCCGCCGUCCGGAGUCCGGAUUGUGCGGCCGCUGCUUCGCCAGCUCCUUCCGCGGCCUCCGCCGGGCCCUACGACCGCCCCUCGGACCCCGGCCGCGACCGAGGAGGUGGGCAGCCUCGGCCGCCAUGGACCUCUGGAGUUGAGUCGCCACCGCGGAGCUCUGCGCCCUCCGUCCUCUUGCUCUGUUCUCUCUGGAAAGGCGGGGGGGUGGAAAGAAGAAGGUUAACCCGAAGAAAGGAAGAAAGAAAGAAGGGGACCAGAAGGGGGAAGCCAACGUUCCCCCACGGGCUAGCUGUCCAUCAACCGCUCAAGCCACCAAGCGGCAGAAAGUUCAGGGCUGCCUUGAACCCAUUUUCUUUGCGCCUGGUUUUUGCCAGACUCUAAAAUGAAAGGACAAAAUUCGGCGCUGACUCUUGCAGCUCGGAUGGCGACUUGUGCGAUUUCAGCGGCAUCUCCCGGAGAAAAAACCAUGCGUGCCUGAUUGUUCUGUGGUCCUAUAGCCGCCGCCGCCGCCGCUGCUCUGUGUGUGUCUCUCUGUGUGUGAGCGCGUGUCUCUGUGUCUGCGUGUGUGUGUGCGUGUGUGUGUGUAUGUGUGUGUGUUUGGGUGUGUGUCUGUGUGUACACAGACGUUCACUAGCUAACUCAGCUGCAGGAGCAGUCCCUGGAAGCAGACGUUUCGGCCACAGACCCAGAGAGGAGGAGCUGACAAUCAGGAGGCGUGAGCCGCCAGGAGCCUGCAGAAUUCGUGGUGUGAAUGAACUGGGGGCAUCUUGGGCACAGGGAUUGCCCCCCCCCUCCUUCCCCGCCUCGGGCCACAGUUGAGUAGUGGGGCAUUUUUUUUUCACCUUCUUGUGAAGAAUUUUUUUUUUAUUAUUUGUUGUAAAGUCUUUUGCACAAUCACGCCCACAUUUGGGGUUGGAAAGCCCUAAUUACCGCCGUCGCUGAUGGACGUUAGAGAGGGAGCGCCUCGCCGCGGAACAGUCGCCUGCGCGCCCUCGUCGGACCCGCGGCUCCUGCACUGUGUCCCCGCUCGGCCCUGCGCUUGCUGCUCGCCCGCGCGCGCCGGCGCCCUCUCGGUUCCUGGGCACAUUUCCACGCUAUACCAGCUCCUCUGCCCGAGCCCGGGCGCCAGUGCUCGCUUCCGCUCCGGGUCGCUGCGCCCACCCGACGCGCCCAGGAGGACUCCGCAGCCCUGCUUUGGAUUGUCCCCCAAGGCUUAACCCCGACGCUUCGCUUGAAUUCCUCGGCCGCCUUCGCUCGGGUGGCGACUUCCUCUCCGCGCCCCCUCCCCCUCGCCAUGAAGAAGCCCAUUGGAAUAUUAAGCCCGGGAGUGGCUUUGGGGACCGCUGGAGGUGCCAUGUCUUCCAAGUUCUUCCUAAUGGCUUUGGCCACGUUUUUCUCCUUCGCCCAGGUUGUUAUAGAAGCUAAUUCUUGGUGGUCUCUAGGUAUGAAUAACCCUGUUCAGAUGUCAGAAGUAUAUAUCAUAGGUGCACAGCCUCUCUGCAGCCAACUGGCAGGACUUUCUCAAGGACAGAAGAAACUCUGCCACUUGUAUCAGGACCACAUGCAGUACAUUGGAGAAGGUGCGAAGACAGGCAUCAAGGAAUGCCAGUACCAGUUCCGGCAUCGGAGAUGGAACUGCAGCACAGUGGACAAUACUUCUGUCUUUGGCAGGGUGAUGCAAAUAGGCAGCCGAGAGACGGCCUUCACGUACGCGGUGAGCGCAGCUGGGGUGGUGAACGCCAUGAGCCGAGCAUGCCGGGAGGGCGAGCUGUCUACCUGUGGCUGCAGCCGCGCUGCGCGCCCCAAGGACCUGCCUCGGGACUGGUUGUGGGGCGGCUGCGGAGACAACAUCGACUAUGGCUACCGCUUCGCCAAGGAGUUUGUGGACGCUAGAGAAAGGGAACGAAUCCACGCCAAGGGCUCCUAUGAGAGCGCACGCAUCCUCAUGAACUUACACAACAAUGAAGCAGGCCGCAGGACAGUAUACAACCUGGCAGAUGUAGCCUGUAAGUGUCAUGGAGUGUCUGGCUCCUGUAGCCUCAAGACUUGCUGGCUGCAGCUGGCGGACUUCCGGAAGGUGGGCGAUGCCCUCAAGGAGAAGUAUGAUAGCGCAGCGGCCAUGAGGCUCAACAGCCGGGGCAAGCUGGUGCAGGUCAACAGCCGCUUCAACUCCCCGACCACCCAGGACCUGGUCUACAUCGACCCAAGUCCGGACUACUGUGUGCGCAACGAGAGCACUGGCUCGCUGGGCACGCAGGGACGCCUGUGCAACAAGACCUCAGAGGGGAUGGACGGCUGCGAGCUCAUGUGCUGUGGGCGUGGCUAUGACCAGUUUAAGACAGUGCAGACCGAACGCUGUCAUUGCAAGUUUCACUGGUGCUGCUAUGUCAAAUGCAAGAAGUGCACGGAGAUUGUGGAUCAGUUCGUGUGCAAAUAGUGGUGUGCCUGCCCUUCACCCAGUCCCACUCCCAGGACCCACUUAUUUAUAGAAAGUACAGUGCUUCUGGUUCUUUUUAUUUCUCCCCCAAGAAUUGCAGCUGGAACCAUGUGUUUUGUUUUGUUUUGUUUUUUCUUUUCUGUUACCAUCUAAGAACUCUGUGGUUUAUUAUUAAUAUUAUAAUUAAUAUUUGGCAAUAGUGGGGGAAACUAAGAACAAUAUUUAUUUUGAGGAUCUUUGCAAAGUUAGUACAAAAUUUCUUUCUUCUGAUGCUACAGGAUAAAGGGGAAAAACUAUGUAUUCGAACUUAGCUGUGCAGUUGGGUUUCGCAUCUAAAAGGUGUAGGAGCUGUUUUUCUUCUCAAACAGAGUCCUUUGAGAUGGGUGGUACCCAGGUGACAGAGGAGGCACAGACCCAUGAAUGACAGUUCCUGUGACCAAAAUGAAUUGCAGGUGCUCUGGUACAAAAGAUCUUAAAUAUAGAUAUAUUAAAUAUACAUAUAUGCCAAAAAUACAGACUAUGAGACACUCCCUAACCCAGAGGUUACCAGCCUGGUUUUGUGGGGUUUUUUGUUUUGUUUUGUUUUUCUUUUCUUUUUUUUUUUUUUUGCUUUUUUUGGUUUAUGUUUGUUUGUUUGUAUUUUGGGUGUGUGUGUGUGUAUUUUUAGAAUGAUCUUUCAGAAGGUACAAGCGAGAAUCUCAUAUCUUCAGAAGCAGGCAUAUCAUGAAUGUUACUGUGUCCCACCUACAGAUACUCCAUUCAUGAAUGGGCCUUUUUCUAACAGUUCAUGAAUAUUGGGGAGCCGGUGGGCUGGGGGAGGGAAGUCCCCAGAAAUUAGAAAACUUGAAAUUUCCUACAUUGAGGCCAUAAUUUUAUGUUAGCCCAGCUGAUUCUGAAUACCAGACUUUUAUAUCCAUGAAGGGAUUUUUGACUAAAAAAAAAAAAGAUCUUGUUUUGAAAGCCAUCUUAUUUUCUUAAAAAUGAAAAAUUACCCAUGAAUCCCAUUUGCAACCCCUCACCCCCACAGGCAACAAGAAAGUCCCAUGUAGUUGAGCACUGCAGAACACCUCUGUGAGGAGAUGAUGGCAGCCAUCUUCCUGCAUAACCCCAAGCCCUUUCUGGAAUCUCUGCUGGCCAUGCUUCCGAAUGGCAGCCCUGGUGGACACUCACUCCUGGUAGGGCAGAGAAUGUACACGAGGAGCCAUGUUCAGAACCAGCCACUUAGGGGUUGUUCUCUGAGGCUUUUCUUUGGAGGUACGGUAACUUGAUGUGUUUUGAUGAUAUCACUUGGCCCAGGGAGUCCCCAGAGCUGUUGCAGCUGUUUGGUUGUUAUCCUCCUGCGUUUAGACUUUCCAUUUGUGCUUUUCCUAUUACCCUGCAGGUGUACCCUAAAACUGUUCCUAGUGUACUUGAACAGUUGCAUUUAUAAGGGGGGGGUGUGGUUUAAUGGUGCCUGAUAUCUCAGUUUUUUUGUAUAUAACAUAUAUAUAAAUAUACAUAUAUAAAUAUAGAUAUAAUUAUAUCUCAGUGCAGUCUGGGAUUUAGACCUACAGUUUUCUCUGGGCUUGCUCUCUGCCUGGAGUAUCAUCCUUCAUUGCAGUCCAAUUGGGAUUUCUUUUUUUUCCAAAAAUUUUGAGUCUUAACAUUGACCUGUGACAGGAUCCUACCACGAACACCAGGAAGCAAGCUAAGACUCCGAGGAAGCUCUCAGGGCUCAUGUCCUGAAUGUAUGUUGGUUAGAAAGUAGCCUUUCUGCUUCCUGCCCAUGGCCAGUUCUCCACCCUCUCUUUGGUGUUCUUUGUGGGGAGGGCACUGUGGUUUGUCACAGCCCUGGACUUCUAGAGGCUCCCAGAACCCAGGAUCACCAGCCUCCUGUCUGUUUGCUUCACUCUUUUCCCAGGGAGGACUUGGGACUGUCCUGUCUGACAGGAUGGAUCUGAGUUCCCGAAGUAAACCAGCUCACCACAUAGAUAGCUAGUUUAAACAAUGUUUUAAAAGAAGGGCACCUCUGUUUCAAAAGUGACAUCUGCUGUGUUGUUUUCCAGGCCUGAUACUCUUUCAAGGUUUGAAAAAAAUGUGUGUAUCCAUUCAUGGGCUUGGUAGCCUUCUGGUCACCUCAGUCCUGUGGCUCUUAACUUAUUGCCCAACAAUAUUCAUUUCCCCUCAGCUACAAUGAAUUGCAAGCAAAAGACGUUGAAAUGAAAAAAAGCACUAAUUUAGUUUAAAAUGCCACUUUUUGGUUUUUAUUCUACAAAAACCAUGAAGUUCUCUCUCUCUCUCUCUCUCUCUCUCUCUCUCUCUCUCUCUCUCUUAUUUGUUAAAUCAGAUUAUGUUCUCUUUUUGUUUUUGUUUUUAGUGAUUCGUGUUUAUGAGCAGAGUGGAGUUUAACAAUCCUAGCUUUAAAAAAAAACCUAUUUAAUGUAAGAUAUUCUACGCAUCCUUCAGAUAUUUUGUAUAUCCCCUAUGGCCUUUAUUCUGUACUUUUAAUGUACAUAUUUCUGUCUUGUGUGAUUUGUAUAUUUCACUGGUUAAAAAAAAGAACAUUGAAAGGCUUAUGCCAAUGGAAGAUAGAAUAUAAAAUAAAAUGUUACUUGUAUAUUGGUAAGAGGUUUCAGUUGUCCUUUAGCUAAUUCAUGUAGAGAAAUAUUUUUAGUUGAAGCCACAAGAGACAGCUUAGGGCAGUUAUGUGUUCAAAUAACAGAAGAACAGACUUUUUUUUUUUUUUUUAACCAAACCCGAACUGUUGGGAAACCUCAAUAGAGCUCUAUAUGUAUUGGAACAAAAGUGGAAUUCUCUUCUCCUAUAUAUGUUCCUUCAAAAAGAGAGAGAGAGAAUCAAGCAGAUGGCUUAAAGCUGGUCACAGGAUUGCUCACAUUCUUUUGGCAUUAUGCAUGCGACUUAAUUGUUUGAGAGUGUGUUGCUAUUGUAACAUCCCAGAGAUGAACCAAAAAGGCUCACCCUCUCACCCAGAAGCAGCUUUUCAGCAUAUAUACACAUGCAUGUACAUGUGUGUGAUAUGCAUGUGUGCAUGCAUGUGAUAUGCAUGUGUGCAUGCAUGUCUGUAUGUAUUUUUGUGCUUGCCACUAUAACUAUUGCACCUCUCUAUUCAGUUUGACCGAAUAGGGGUCUUGUGGGACAUCUCUAUGUUCCAGUCUUUAUGGGAAGAAAGCAAGGGUCUGCAGAGAACAGGAACUAAAGAAUCCUUGUGUGGUGUGCAAUUAAUAGAAGCCCUGCUGGUUUCUGGAAAUGUAGACCAGAAUCUGGCCAGGACUGUAGACUGAUACAUUAGCUGGUCCUUUGCCUUUUUCUUUUCCCUCCCUGUCCCCCCCCCCUCUUUCUUUACGGAUAACCUUGUAACAUAUUGAAACCUUUAAAGGAAACCAAGAAUGCAUUAUUACACACACACACACACACACACACACACACACACACUACAGUAGACCAACAUAUAGAGUGUUUAAAAUAGCAUUUCUGGGCAAAUUCAAACAACUUGUGGCUCUAGGACGCACAUCUGUUUCCGUUUUUCUUCAGUUGUAUAUUGACCAGUGUUCUUUAUUGCUAAAACAUAUACUCGGGGUAGCAAUGUCAGCAUCUUUUUCCUUCCCAUCCUGGAGAGCAUUCAAGACCUUCCCAGUACAGGAACAUCAAUGAAGCAUUUAUAUACAGGCGGUGGCAAGCAGAACCACGUCCAAAAUGGUCAGUGUCGGGCUCUAGGGCAAGGCUAUCUUGUUCCAGUCCUGUUUCUUUGUGCUCCUGACCUUUGGGGCUGCCACUUCCCAGGAUGACCGCUACCUGCCCCCGCUCCCCUGAGGAUUUUCCCAAUAGCCAGUUCCCAUGUGUCUUUUUCUGCAACGGUAUUCAAGCCAAUGGAACCUUCAUAUAGGGCCCAAGAGCAGGAUGACACAACCUGUGGACAGGAGCUAUAUUAACUUGAUUACUAGUAUGAGCUAAUAUUAACAUGAUCACCCAUGAAAGGCGCCUGCAAUCACUGUUUAGUCUGAAAUAUAGGUAGAGAGCGGGGAUGGCGAGGUUGCUUGUAACUGCUGGUACACGUUGAAUGCACACACGCAUGGAGGCAAGCUCUAAAUCACUGCACUGUUACUGUAAAGCAUACUUUAAAAAUAUUUAUUGUUUUGAAAAGCAUUUUCUAGUCUUCCCUCUCUUGGUGGAGCUGUAAACAAGAUGGCAUGUUGUGAAGGUUUAAGAUGAUUUUUCUUUUUAAAUCGCAGAAACAUUUAGACACCUAAGAACUAAAACUUAUAAAAGGGAUCUUUGAAUUUGCCUGUUAACAUGGAUUAAUGUUUACACUUACAUCUGAUGAGUGGACGGUGUUUUAUGUUAGGGAAAUACCUUGUUAACGAACUUCAUGAAGCAGAUGUAAUUAAAGGUCGAUGUGAGCCAAUCUAGAAGGUUGAACAGUGUUUUCAAAGAACGGAGAGACUUACAUUUUAGACCAAUCUUUAUACAUUUUGCUGAGCUAGA